UGGUUUAAAAGAAAGUAGUAGGUCACAAGGAUAAGUAGGGGUAGGAUGUAACUAAGGCAGAGGCAAGGAGUGGAGGCCAAAUUACCAAGUUAGUGAAGGAAAGAAAGUGCUUUUUGAAAUGGUGAAUGAAGAAUAUCUCCCAAACGGCAGCCCAGCAGUGCUCCAUCUCCCUCCUGGGAAGUAAUCAGUCCUCUGCCUCCUGCUUUCCACAGGUCUGGCCUUGGUGCUGGCGCCAUGAGCUGUUUCCGAAUCCGCCCGGCAGAGCCCCAGGACUGUCCUGAAAUCCUGCGCCUCAUCAAAGUAAGAGGGACAGUGAAGUGUGCAGGCAUCUUUCCCUCAUUUUUGACUGCAUCUCACCUGCAAGCCAGGGAGGAUAUUACAUCAUGGACCCACAAAACAAAGGGCUAGAACUAGCUGCAUAUGAAAAUAUGCCAAAUGCAGUAAAAUUAACAGAAAAAGAUUUGCUUGAAGAUGGCUUUGGAGACCAUCCUUUCUACCACUGUCUAAUAGCAGAGGUGCCAAAGGAGGGACAAACAGGAAGUAGUUGCAUUGUAGGCUAUGCUAUGUAUUACUUUACAUAUGACCCUUGGAUUGGCAAGUUACUUUACCUGGAAGACUUCUAUGUCAUGGAACCAUAUAGAGGCUUGGGCAUUGGCUCAGAAAUCUUAAAGAGAUUAAGCCAGAUAGCAAUCAAAACCAACUGUAGCUGCAUGCAUUUCCUUGUAGUCAUUUGGAACAAGCCGUCUAUAGAGUACUAUGUGAGGCGUGGAGCUUUAGACCUUUCCACUGAAGAGGGCUGGCAUCUCUUCAGAUUUGACAAAGAGAAUCUUCUCAGAAUGGCAUCUGGAGAAUGAAGGAAGUUCCCAUUCACCAUUCCAAGAUUUGUGAGAGAUUAGAUUAUUACUCUGCAAUCAGUUUGUCCUGCUUUCGGUUUUGCGCAAUAGAACAUUUGCUGCUAACACUACGGAGUUCCAGUUUGUUAUGCAUUUAACAAGAUUAAUCAAGUUUAUGUAACUGCUUUCUUUUAUGUCCAGCAGCCUUUAUUACUAUUAGGUACUAUUAGAGUUAUUAAAGUUUCUUUCAUCGUUUGUUACAUAA